UUAAAUAAUGUGAUUUGCAUAUGAGAUUCCCUUAUCAUUGAAGUAUCGCAAAGUUUACUCUGUUUUUGAUAUUUUUUUUACAUUCUAUAUUUUUACAUUACAGGCAAUGUUUUUAUUCUUUGCAAAUUCAACUUUCUUAUAAAAUAAAAUCUGCAGUCUAAUCACGAAGUUUUUAAAAGCACAGCUGAUCUCUUAGAAUUUUUUCAAUUCAUCGUUUCGACGAUAGGCAAAUAUUUUAUAAGAAUCAUUGAUUAAACACGUGGUUGGCUCCAACGAAGAAAGUGACUCACAAACAGUUUUUCGAGGAGGAGAGAGAAAGUGACCCGCAAGAGCCUGCCGUAGGUCUCAGAUAGUUUUACAUUGACCGUGAACGGAAGCGGAUCGAACAGGUGAAACCACGGUCAAACAGGAUUGGAAUGAUAACAGCUAAGAGAACAUCCCUGUUUCACGAAUAUUAUGUAAGUUUACCAUGAAGCUUAAGAUAUCUGUUCACCUCUCGGUUUUAUUUAUUUGCAUUGGAAUUCCAGGUGAUUACGCGGUGUCUGCUAUAAAUUCUUCUAACGUCUCGAUAAUUGAAUCGCCAGGACCAUGGAGCGAAAUUUUGGAAGAUUGGAUUGUUUCCGAUUCCAGAAUAGGGAGAAUGUCAAAGGUGAUGAAGUUCGGAGAUAAGAGUCUCGUAGUAACGAGCAAAGCAACAAGUAAACGAGAAGUUUCCGAAACCGAUUUGUAUCUCCUUGGGGCGAUAGAGAAGCUCGUUUACAGAGUAGACUUCUUAGAAAACCGUCUCAGAAGAGCAGAGGAGCUUCUCUAUUACGUUAUUUCCGGAAACGUAGAUAAGAAAGAAUCUUGUCCUUCGAACUAUACAAAAAUCGGUCAGAAUUGCUACCACUUCAGUAAUCGUGAUUUUGAUUGGAAAUCGUCGGCCAGCCUCUGUCGCGGGAUGGGUGGCCAAUUGUUGGAAUUCGAUACGGAUGAUGAGAAACGCGAUGUGUAUGCUAGUUUGCAAACGAACUCGAAAUUGAAGGGUAAAACGUUUUGGACGGGCGGCCUGAAUCCGGGCCUUCUUUGGAUUUGGGCGAGCAGCGCCAAACCAGUCUUCCAAAAUACCAAACAGACUAUUCCUGGCGAUGGCAGGUGCUUGAAACUAUUCUACAAUUCAACGUCCAGACUGUAUUCUUAUCAAAGCGAUGAUUGCGGUGCGAAGCAUAGAUAUGCUUGCAAAUUAACAACAGAUGACGAAUCGGCGAACAAAAUUGAAAGAACUGCGAAAACGAUAAAAAGUGGAUAAAAUUAAAUUUAAUGAU